GGAAAUAAUAACUACAUGAACAUGGCUGAGGCAAACAACGCCUUCUUUGCUGCCAGCGAGACAUUCCACACACCAAGCCUUGGGGAUGAAGAGUUUGAAAUUCCACCAAUCACGCCUCCUCCAGAGUCGGACCCCACCCUGGGCAUGCCCGAUGUACUGCUACCCUUUCAGGCUCUCAGCGAUCCGUUGCCUUCCCAGGGAAAUGAGUUCACACCCCAGUUUCCCCCUCAAAGCCUGGAUCUCCCUUCCAUUACAAUCUCAAGAAAUCUGGUGGAGCAAGAUGGUGUACUUCAUAGCAAUGGGCUGCAUAUGGAUCAGAGCCACACACAAGUGUCACAAUACCGCCAGGAUCCCUCCUUGAUCAUGAGGUCAAUUGUCCAUAUGACCGAUGCUGCUCGCUCUGGGAUCAUGCCUCCUGCCCAGCUGACCACCAUCAACCAGUCUCAGCUCAGUGCACAGCUGGGCUUGAAUUUGGGAGGGGCCAGUGUACCCCACACAUCUCCUUCACCUCCAGCAAGCAAAUCAGCCACUCCCUCCCCUUCCAGCUCCAUCAACGAAGAGGACACUGAUGAAGCAAACAGAGCCAUUGGAGAGAAAAGAACAGCCCCAGAUUCUGGCAAGAAGCCCAAGACGCCAAAGAAAAAGAAAAAGAAAGACCCCAAUGAGCCUCAGAAGCCAGUGUCAGCAUAUGCCCUGUUUUUCAGAGACACACAGGCUGCAAUUAAAGGUCAAAACCCCAAUGCAACCUUUGGAGAGGUCUCAAAAAUUGUAGCAUCUAUGUGGGACAGCCUUGGAGAAGAGCAAAAGCAGGUAUAUAAAAGGAAAACAGAAGCUGCCAAGAAAGAAUAUUUGAAGGCCCUGGCUGCCUACCGGGCCAGCCUUGUUUCUAAGGCUGCUGCUGAAUCAGCAGAAGCCCAGACGAUACGUUCUGUCCAGCAGACUCUGGCAUCGACCAAUCUGACAUCAUCCCUCCUUCUGAACACGCCACUGUCUCAGCAUGGGACAGUCCCAGCCUCGCCUCAGACUCUCCCACAGUCGCUCCCUAGGUCCAUCGCUCCCAAACCCUUAACCAUGAGACUACCCAUGAGCCAGAUCGUCACAUCAGUCACCGUCGCAGCCAACAUGCCCUCGAACAUUGGGGCUCCACUGAUAAGCUCCAUGGGGACGGCCAUGGUUGGCUCAGCAGCCUCUACCCAGGUGAGCCCUUCGGUGCAAACCCAGCAGCAUCAGCUGCAGCAGCAGCAACAACAGCAGCAGAUGCAGCAGAUGCAGCAGCAGCAGCAGUUGCAGCAACAAAUGCAUCAGCAAAUCCAGCAGCAGAUGCAACAGCAGCAUUUCCAGCACCACAUGCAGCAGCACCUGCAGCAGCAGCAGCAGCAGCAGCAUCUCCAGCAGCAGAUCAACCAACAGCAGCUGCAGCAGCAGCUGCAGCAGCACCUUCAGCUGCAGCAACUGCAGCACAUGCAGCACCAGUCCCAGCCUUCUCCCCGGCAGCAGCAGCAGCAGCAGCAGCACUCCCCGGUCACCUCCCAGAUCACAUCCCCCAUCCCUGCCAUCGGCAGCCCCCAGCCUGCCUCUCAGCAGCUCCAGCCUCAGAUCCAGUCGCAGACACAGACUCAAGUAUUACCGCAGGUCAGUAUCUUCUAG